UGCAGGUUUGCUUUAACGGGUUAACACACAUCACUGUUUUCUUCUGUAGAGAGUGGCGAUUACACAGAUUACAGCGAUGACGAUUACCUGGAGACCAGGAGGAGGAGAUCAAGACGGAAUCAGAAGAGACAAGUCAAUUAUAAGGAAGAUUCAGAAAGUGACGGCUCACAGAAAAGUGUCCGGUAUGGGAAGGAGUUAAGAAGAGUUCACAAACGCAGGCUCUCCACCUCGGAUAGUGAAGAGAGCUACAUGUCCAAGAACUCUGAGGACGAUGAAUCCACAAAGGAGUCAAAGCGAUUGAUUCGCAAACGUCGGCGAAGUACAGACGACUACUCCGAGGAAGAAGGGGAAGACGAGGAAGACGAGGGGAGGCCCGUCCGCAAACGGCUGAACCGGAUCGAAACGGACGACGAAGACAACUGCGAAAACGCUAACAACGAGGCGGAAAACCCCGCUCCUGCAAAUAAGCUGCCAGCACCGCAAGCUCCCCCGGACACCACCAAGAAGCACUGCUACCGGAUAGAAAGCGACGACGAAGAUGACUUUGAUAACGUAGGGAAAAAAAAAUACAGCCUGGUGGACUUGCCCUCCACCAACGGACAGAGCCCAGGUAAAACCAUUGAGAACUUGAUUGGCAAGCCGAGCGAGAAGACCCAGGCCCCCAAGGACAGCACAGCCAGUGCCAGCCUGGCGCCCAACGGGACGGGGAGCGGGCAGGAAGCGGUAGGGCCGGAGGAAGAUGAAGAUGAACUUUUGAGAGUGACUGACCUUGUUGAUUACGUCUGUAACAGUGAACAGUUAUAAGACUUCCAUUUUUGUGCUAAUUUAUUCCACGGUAGCUCAUACCAGCGGGCCAGUUAUUAAAAGCUGUUUUAUUUUUCCUAGAAAAUUCUCCACUACAGUAUCACUUUUUAGAAGCAAGAAUUUCACCAGUCCUGCAGUCUUUCUGUGAAGUGACCAGUUUUGAACUUUGAAGAUGAAUUGCUGUAAAUUCCCUCUCUUCCCCCUCCCUUCUCCUUCCAAGUCCAUGGUCCUGGGUAAUUUCACUCACAAAAACUUAUAACAACAAGAGAUUUGUAUAUUUUUGACUUUAUAUUUCCUGAGUGCAUACAAAUUUGUGGAAAUGGGUGGCCUAAGAAAGCAUUCCAAAUCGGUCAGGGCCCAAACCGUAACUGGGGUGGGUUUGGCUCAAGGUGGGG